AUGUCCCCUCACUCCACUCUCAGCACCAGCACCAUCGCUGUCUCAUCAGUCUAUCCCGGUUUCGCCUCUCCCCCAUCCAUGUCCAUGUCCAUGCCUAUGCCUGGCCUUGCACUUGGACUUCCUCCGCCUCCUCUUCUUUCUCCCAGCUCAAGUUCCAGUUCGAGCGCUGGCAAGAGGCGACCGUACACGCGACACUCCAUUCCCGCCGUCGCCAUGCCUGAAUAUCGUCAUGUUCGGAGCGGUAGCCUGAAUAUUCCAAAUGGCGCUGCUUCCACCAGCUCUUCUACCAUGAUGCCGCGAAGUCCUCCGAAUACCGCCCAUGUUCCGUGCAAGUUCUUCCGUCAAGGCGCCUGUCAGGCCGGCAAUGCUUGUCCCUUCAGUCACGACCUCGGAGCCGCGGCCGAAAACAUCUGCAAGUACUUUGCAAAGGGCAAUUGCAAGUUCGGUCCCAAAUGCGCAAAUAUUCACGUCCUACCCGACGGUCGACGAAUAAACUACGGCAAAAAUGGCGUCACGAUAGGCACAUCUCCCAUUGGCCUUGCUGGCCGACCUUCUCCCAGCCCUGCAUCUCCGACCUCUGGUGCCUCGACCGGCUAUCACCAAUCUUCUGCCAGUGCACUCACAACUUCGCUCUAUGGAGCCGAACAAUCGCCAUGGGAUGACCGCCAAAUCGCGAGCCCCGCUCACCAUCUGGGACGCCAGCCCAGUCUCGAUAACGGCAUUCCCUCCAUUGACUCACCAUACGCCCAUUCCAACUAUGGUUCUCCUCGAGAAGACGACCCGACUCGACUGGGCUUUGGCCUAUCCCCAGUGAAUGGCAAAGGUCUAUCCAUUCUCGAUGCUCCUUUGCCUGCGUCGUUCGACUCAAACGGCAUCUCCAACGCAGCCCGUUUUCCUGCCGCGCCAUGGCCGUCAUCCGUACCCUCCAAGUUUGGCCUCGAAUCGCCUACCCCCUCACUUAGCAAUGCCAAAGACUCACGGACUUCGGAGACGCUCAAGCUUCUGCAUACGUCGGCAUUUGGCUCGUCCGAGCACUUGACCCCGACCGCUGGCAGUCCGCCCAACUCCCAGUCCGCAAUUGGCGAUGAAUAUUUCGGCAAACGAGCUAUGCAUUCAUCCAGAUACGCCAAGCCUCGGAUGCUUAGCUCCAGCAUGCCCAAGACAUCGUCGGUGGACCGAGAUUGGGAGGCCGAGUUUGCCUUUGACGACGACAAUUUACCCGAAAACUACGUCCCUGAGAAUCUCCAAGAACUCCUGACGCCCGCUGAAAAGGCCAGGCGUGGCUCUAGUUCUAUGCGGGACGAACAUGCCAUAGAAGCGCUCAAAUAUGGCAGCCCAAUGGGAACGAGCCCCAGCCGCUGGGGUUCGCUCUUUCAACGACAGAAGGAGGAAGAAGACGCAACCAGAGCAGCCCGAGGUGCCGGUUCGGCCUUUGGCCAUGUGGGCAGCCCUUUGAGAAAGUCAACUCUGGCCCAGGAAAUGGGCGACGAUUACAAAGGCUCUGGACCAAUUGGCCGUCCUUCUGCUGGACGGUCUGCCAGCGAAUCCAUGUCCGUCCUCUCCCAGCAAUUGCAGCGCAGCAAAUUAGACGAUGCAAUCAGUGGCUCCGGUUCUAGUCCUCAUCUGCAUCCUACUACGGCACGGCUGCCGUCCAGCAGCCUCGCACCCAUUGGCAAAGACCGUGCGAUGGAGCGCCAUGUGUCCAGUGGAAGCAUCAGCUCAUCUGUGACUGGUCGCUUUACUACUCCAAUCGACGAGGAGGACCCCGCCUUUGUCUUUAGUAUGGAAGAGGAAGAUGAGGCACCUAGUGCGAGGAUGCGAAAGCGAAUCUCUGCUGGCUUGAGCAUGGGAGCCUUGGGCAGCUACGCCAGCGCAGUUGCUGGGAAGAACGCAUCCAACAGCGGGUCAAAGGAGGGCAGAGACUCCGUGCCAGUCAACGGCCGAUGA